GGGAGGGAGAAGUAGAGUACGGAGCCGGGUAGGGGCGCGUAGAAAGGGUACCAAAAAAGCGUUAGAGACUGCUGGAGACUGUAGAGGAUACUGGGUGCCAGCCCUUGAGGUGCUGUCACUCCCUGGCGUCACCCAGUGCCACUCCCUGGGGAUCUGUGUCACCCCAGGUCUCACGCACUGCCACCCCCUGAGGGGCUGUGUCAUUCCUGGUGUCACCCAGUGCCACCUCCACACCUCAAGUGCUGUGUUCAACCCAAGUGAAUGUCAUAGAAUCUCGGAAUAGUGGACUUACUGCAGGGAUUACAGGAGACACAUGGGUGCAACGACAAAGACGUUGGGACCCCUUUGUCCCUCCCGUUGCUCCUCCUGUUACUCCUUCCUCCCUAAUUCCUUUCCCUGUUUAUUUUCCCAUCCCUUCUUUGUUCCUUUCCAAUUUCUUUACUAUUCUUUGCUUGCUCCUUGCCCAUCCCUUUCUCUGUCCUUUUGCCCAUCCUUUUCCCAUUUCCUUUCCCACCCUAUGCCCAUUUCUUCCUUGUUCCUUGCACAUUUCUUUUCUGUUCCUUGCUUGUUCCUUGCCCGUUCCUUUUCUCUUUUUCGGUGGAUCACAGAAACCUGCUUUUGGCACAGGAAAAUGCAAAAGGAGGGAGUAAGAGGUGAAACUGUGUGGAAGUUCACCUUGCAGAUCAUCUCCAGAUCCAUCAUCACGAAGCUGCGGCAGGAGGACCUUGCCCUGACCAACACCAGACUACUGCUUUGUCUGCAGGAACUGGGAGCAGAAGCAUGCAGCCCUCUGCAACCUCUAUGGCAGCAUUUCCAGGCCUUAAUCUUCUGCCAGGUACAGCUCAUUUGCAAGCAGUGAGCUGCCAGUGAUCCAUCUGACAUGAUCAACCCCAGUGUGAUGUCAGCACUGCUUCAAAGAUCACCAAAAACUAGGGAACAGGUGCAAGGGAUGGAUGGGAAACACACAGUCAGAAUUAAAAGCUGAAAGUGGUAACAACAACAUAUAAUAGUUUGAACCAUAUUUGCUUGGCUUUCGUGACGGGCAUUACGUGGAAACCAUGCUCUGUUGCCUCAGCCUUUGUGUUUUGCAUCUAACAAAGGCAUUUUGUGACCCAACUUCGUGGGGUUUUUUUUUCUGUGUGUGUUUGUUUGUUUGUUUGUUUGUUUUCCUUAUUUUGAGGCUCUGCCUAUUCCAAAGCACUACAGCCUCAAUGGGAAGGAGCAGGGGUGUUGGGAAUAUGAAGGACUGGCAGCGAGGGAGCAAGGAUUUGGGUAAAGCGAUGGACAGGCAUUAAGUUAGAGGAACAGUAGUAGGGAUUUGGAGAAGUUAAAGGAGCGUGGAUUGAGAGCAGCAGUUGCAGAGCUGCUGGAGAAGUUCAGCUGCCUUCUUUCACCCAUGCAGACCUGCUGGAGUGUAGACUGACUCUCAGUGAAGAUGAUUCUAAUGGGCACCGAGUGGUGCUUCAUUCCUUCUCCACACUUCUGUCUCCCUUUUUUUCCAAACCAUCUGUUGGGAAAAGUUCUGCUGAGAAUGAACUUUUACGCAUGUAGAGAAAGGAAUACCAAAAAAGUAUCUCAGGGAAACCAUACCUAGUGACGCAAAGAGAAGCGUGGAAGAUUCAAAGUCAAGGCCUGAGAAAAUUACUUGGUGAGCAAUACAAAAAAUGAAGAGAGCAGACAGUGUUUGCCAAGCCCAGAAAUGUAAAUUUGUCAGUAAUCAAGCUUCAAGAUGCUUAAGACUUGGAUGAUAUCUUUGCGGUGAGAGGGAAGAGUGUGUGAAGUGGUGCACAUUAGAUAAGCUAGACAUCACUUGGAAACCUGUGUGCCUGGACCUCUUAGUGCCAUGCCCAGGCUGCUGCCAGGGUAGAGGUCCUCUCCAUGGGAAGAAAGGAGCAAGACGUGGAAGGAAGGAGAGCCACAUUAUAAGCUUGAGUUGAUGGCUGCAUAGCCAUGAGGAAGGAUCUUGGAGCAGUAACUUGGUCUACAGGAGUGAAACCAGAAGUGUAACUGGAUGUGAGUUCUCCUCUUUUGCUGUUGGCUUGUCUUGUGUGAAGCCCACCUCAGCUUGGGCAGAGCCAUGGAAGCCCUCAGUCUUGUUCUCCCAAGGGAUUCUGUAGCUUGGAAAGGUGUUUGAUGCUGGAACCAUGAAAGUAGGUUUAUGCUCCCUCCCCAGCCCACGAGAACAGCUGGGCUGGGUACACUUCCCAGUUCUGAGGCACACAGGUGGGAGAGGGCAGGCCACUGCCUCUGCCCCUUUCUGUCUCUGCCUAAUGGCAUUUCUUCUUCUUCCUGUCAAGAUCCUGCUCUAGAAGUAGACUGUAGUUGUAAGGAAUUACAGAUUUUAUUUUAAGCAGUCAGUCUUGGGGGUCACAGUGUAGAGCCUUGAAAGACAUGGGUCAGAUAGCAGUGUUGCAGAAACACAGAUUUAUCCAGACAGGCCAUAUCCUUGCCUCCAGCCAUGACACUUGGGAAGCCCUCGCUGGAAGCCAGCCAGAGCUGACUUAUGUGCGCUUGCUAAUUCAGAGGGAAACAUGUUUUUCUGUUUGAAGUGGGUUUCAGUUAUUCUCUCAGGCUUUUGCUUUGAUGCUCAUCUGAUGCUUUCAAAAAUCAAUUUCCUUAUUUAUUAACAAGGCUGUCUUACUGCAAGCAAAGACCUCAUGCAGCUAAGUAUAUAUCUCGUUCUACAAAUUUUUAGUAGAAAAAAAAAAAAGAAUACUAAAACUUUGCAAGGAUUUUAGCAGUGCGUAAAUCUUCCACGAUAAACUAGCUUUAGCUACAGAGAUUACAGAGGCCAAAACUUAUUUCUGCUGGUUCAUUUAUAAUUUACACCAAUGUCCUAUGUUGUUCACAAUAAUAAAUUUCAUUCAUGAUGCAAUUCUAGUUACAGUUCCAGUUGCUGAUAAAAACAGAAGUCUCCGCAGUGAUCAACGUGGUGGAGAGGUGAUACAAGAGGUGUAAUGAGAAAGGGACUGAACACAAUAGAAAGGUGUUAUAAGGGAAGGAAAAGAGGACUGCUCGCCUGUCUCCAGAGAUCUAGGCUCACGGGGGGAAAACUCUGCAGAGGAGGGAUCUCUGGAAAGAAAACCUUCCCCGGUGGCAGUCAGCCCUUCAGCGAGGUCUAAGGGAGGUGCAGCCAGGCUCCAGCCCUUCUGGUCACACAGGUGGAUUGCCUUCUCCUGUGCUCUCAGGGCUGCCCGAGUCUUUUCCCCAGGUCUCAGUCAGUGGUUCAGGCCAGGACUCAACAGUUAGAAUACAUCCUCUUACACGACAGCAUAAAGCGAGAUACAGGAGGCUGGCUGCGCAAUCAGGCUGCAGUCAGAGUCCAAGAAUUAGAGGGCCGAGCAAUCAUCAGCUGUAUGAAAUUUAGCAAGAGCAAGUGAUGGAUUCUGCACCUAGGACAGGAGAAGCAUGGAUGUAUGUACAGACUGGGGCAGGAGCGGAUGGAGAAGAGCUCUGUGGAAACGGUUCAGGGGGUUCUGGUUGGUGACAAAGUUGAAUGUGAGUCAACAGUGUGCCCUGGUCAUCAGAAAGGCCAACUGUAUCCUGCUGGCUAUCAGGCAUAGCAUUGCCUAUGGCAGUACGUAUGAGGUCAUCUGGUUUGUUCAGCAGAAAGAACAGGAUAUCAAGAGCUAACGUCACUGUGGCCUACAGCUUCCUCACAGUAGGAAACAGGGAGAAAAGCAGAGAUCACUUUCACCUGGUGACCAGCAGUAGGACCUGGGGGAACUGCAUGAAGCUGCGUCAGGGGGAUUUCCGAUUGGAUACUGGAAAAAGGUGACCCAUCGUCAGGGCUUCCCUCAGGCUGCUGGAAUCAGCGCGUGCAGCAGUAACGAUCACAACCUGUGAAGCUCACACAGCCUAAAGUGUAGAAGCCUUGCAGAGAAAUCUUGUCUAAUGAGAGGGCAAUCAGCAAACGUGGGAAAUUUAACAAGAGCAACUGCCUGAUUCUGCACAUGGGACUGGACAACCCUGGUGUUAUGCUGUAGGAAGAGACUUAGCACUAGUAACUAAAGUAAAUGAGGUUGUAUAGAAACGUAGCUUUCUCCUCGUUGCAAAAGCUCGCUGUUAACAGCGAAGAAGAGGAUUCAACUGGAUAAGUUUCAGGAGACAUCAAGAAUGACGGGAUAACAUCUGUAUAGCAACACGUGGAGAAGUACUGCCUGUUCUGGAAAGAUGCUGCCCAGGAAGCACCACCUGGAACUGGAUGAACGGGUGAAUGAAGAGGGAGAGACACAGGCCCAGAAAAUUAGAUUGGUUAAAAGGGACAAUUUGAGAUGGAACUAUGCAAGGAUGGGGUUGUGGCAACUCAUGAAAACUAUGGGAUUGAAAGUAACGGAAUUCUUCUUAAGAGAUGUUCGCCUUGGGCUGUAAAUCGCAAGAACUGCAAACAAAUGAGGAUAAGGGACAGUCAGAGUGACCUACUGAAAGCAGAAGUCAAAGCUUGAACCAGAGAAUGUUGGAGGGGGCAGCAGCAUGAUUCCUUCAGCACAAGGUGACAGGAGUGCAAGUGCUGCCACGGUUUCUGGAGACCCAGGUGGGACCCUAUAGGUGAUGGCCAUCAGACCCUCCCGCCUCAAAGCAUCUGGCUGCCAGCAGUGGGCUUGGCUCUGUGCGACGCUCACUGUGGCUGUAGCAGCAGUGGUGGAAGCAUGGUGCAAGUGUGGGGGGCCGUGGCCCCUGCCCGCCUUGUCCUUCUCCUCGUCCUACUGCUGGCCAUGUGUUUCCGGGAGACCUGCACUGCUCCACGGCGAGCACCGGGAGCAGAUGAUGAGCUUGGUGCUCCCUUCCUGGAGAGUCCAGACUUCAUGCCUGUGCCUGAGGGACAGCCUGGAGGCCCUGCUGGUGAAUCAGCAGAUCGGAAUCCUGUCCAUGAGCCUGAGGGGGAUGCUGGAGAUGUGACUGGAGGAGGCAAUCCAGCUUCCCUUCUGAGUUCCGGGACUGAAACGCCGGUGGAUCGCGUGGAAGUGCCCCCAGGGAGGGCUUUGCACGCUCGUUGGUUCCUUCCUGUGCUGGAGCCCAGAAAGGAUGAAUCCAGAAGAGGAAAAUACUCACGGGGGUCCUCCCGUCUCCUAAAGGAACUGCUGAAGGGAAUGGAGAUGGCAGCUCAUGGGACUGACCGACGGACUGCGCAGAAGGAGGCACUGCAGGAAUGCAGCCAUCCCAGACUGCCAGCCUCAGACAAAGGAACACAGGCAGCGCCAACAACUGGCAUGCCAAGUAAUUUCUGUCCCAGAAAUUUUUCAUCAGGGAUGAACGCAGGGAAAAACACAAAGGCUGCUGUUUGCAGAUCUGUGCAAAAGCGCCACAUCGCAGUGCUGGUACUGCUCUCAGCUGUGCCGCUGUCCACGCUGGUGCUGGUCUGCGUUGCUGUGUCAUGCACGUGGAAAAAAUGCCUAGUGUGCAAGAGAGAAGAGAGAGCAGGAGAACGCGCUCAUCCCGACACCAACUGGGAGAGAGUUCCAACUGGAGAUGAAGGGAGAGUGGAGCUGGGAGAGGCAACAAAAGAGAUUCUUGCCCAAGCAAACAAGAAUCUCAGCAACAGUUCCAGUCCGUUCCAUUCUGCCAUCCAAGAGGCCAAAGAUCUUCAAACUGAUCUGGAAGACCUGGAGCGUGAACGCAAAGCCAUGAAAGAGGUCCAUGGGAACAGCUGUGAGUGCUGCUUUCUGUCAGAGGACGGCCCUGAAAGUGAGAGCGGAGGAUCAGCAGUAGAGCGUUUGUCCUUCACCCUGCCUUCUCCAGGACAAGUAUCACCAAUGCUUAGAAGAUUCUUAGCUCGCCGUAGCUACGAUCCUUUUGAGGGUCCUAAUGAGGACCCAGAAAGUGAGCUUCCUCUGACCGCUGGACAAUACGUUUAUGUCUUUGGAGAUGUGGAUGAGAAUGGCUGGUUUCUGGGAGAGCUGACAGAUGGCACAAGAGGACUGGUCCCUUCCAAUUUGGUUGCAGAGGUUUCAGAUGAUGACCUGGAUACGACGCUGCCUCCAAAGCUUCGUGAUCUCCUGCUGGAUACUGAUGGUUAAGUGGAUGCAGAGAUUCCAUAAUGCAGCAACAUCCUGUCAAAAUUCUUGCAUUACUCCAUCUGCAAGGCUACCGCCCUGCUCCACUUGAUGUUCAAGUGAAGUGUGAGCAGCAUGUGGAUGAGCUCCUUCUGGAACAGCCUGAGAUGACUGACAGUGCAACUGCAUGGUCUUACUGCAUAUUAAAAAAUAU